AUGGAUGGACCUCGGAUGCGCGGACGCAGCAGCGCCUCGUCCUUCAACAAGCCGCGCAGCAUCGCAAGCAGCGGCAGCAACAUUGGCAGCAAUUACAGCAGCACUGGGAACAAUUACAGCAGUACUGGAAGCAGCAUUGGCAUCAGCGUUGGAUCAACGUCGGCGGGAGUGCUCUGCCCGCCGGCACCGAUCACGCCGACAUCAACAAGCGCAUCCCCGCCCGCGACGCUGAUGCACUUCGCCGACUUUUUCGUGGAUCCGUCGGCUGUGUCACCAGCUGAAGCCGUGAGUCUCGCGGAGGAGAUGGCAGCGGACUUCUACAGCGAGGUGUCGAUCAUGUACGACAUGCUCUCAGACAUCAAGACGCCCACCGCCGAGGGCCGCGCCGUGGACGAGCUCAUGCGCCGCAUGCAUAACUUAUUGGGCGCCGCCGACGGCCUCGCCGCGCGCGGUGGCAACAACCUGGCGACGCAGAUCAGCAACGUGCGCGGACUCUACAAUGGGCUCAUCCGCGUGUUCAUCUUCCUGUACCAGCGGUACUACCGCGCCUUCGUGGUGCUGGAGGUGAGCGAGCUGCUGGCCGCGAGCUGGCAGCGGCUGCUGGCCUUCGUGAUGGAGUACCGCAUCCUGGACGAAGUGUUCGUCCGCAAGGUGUACGACCACGUCGCGCAGAUCGUCAGCUCCGUCUGA